ACUGUUUCCUGCCGAAGUCGUCUGUCUCCUCCUCCUCCUUGUUGAUUCUUUCGGUCUCACUCUCCCUCUUUCUUUGCCUCGCCUGCCUUGAAAACCCAACAAUUAUAACUAUCAUUUAUUUAUCAGUACAACACAGGGACACAGAGAGAGCUCUUUACUAGUAAUGUUGGAUCUUGUUGAACCCGUAUAUGUUUAGAAGAUCUGUCAAUGGGGACCCGUUUUAGAUCCGGUUCUUGUGUUCUUGUCAUUCUAGUUUGUGUUGUAGGAUUUUGUGGGUUUGGUUCGGUUUCUUGUGGGGAGAAUCGAAGGCCCAAAAACGUUCAGGUUGCUGUUCGGGCUAAAUGGGAGGGCACUCCAAUUUUAUUGGAAGCUGGGGAAUUACUAUCUAAGGAAAGGAAAGACAUUUAUUGGGAGUUCAUUGAUAGCUGGCUUCAUUCAAAGAAGGAAGAUAAUGAUUCUUAUACCGCUAAAGAUUGCCUCAAAAAAAUUAUGAAACAUGGACAUGCUCUUUUAAGUGACACAUUGGCCUCACUAUUUGAUUUUUCUCUUAUUCUAAGAUCUGCAUCCCCAAGAUUGGUGCUUUACAGACAGCUAGCAGAGGAGUCUCUUUCUUCUUUUCCGCUUUUGGAUGAUAGUUUCUCAAACAAUGCUAGUGGGGGCCUUGCCAAAACAAAUGAUACCAAUGAAAUGAAAAGGUCAGAUCCCUUGCUUGUGGGAAGAAAUCCUGAAAUUCCUGGUGGGAAAUGCUGUUGGGUGGAUACUGGUGCGGCAUUGUUCUAUGAUGUUGCGGAUUUGCUAUUGUGGCUUCAUAGCCCUACUGGAAUGGCAGAGGACUCGUUUCAGCAACCCGAACUAUUUGAUUUUGAUCAUGUUCAUUUUGAAUCACUUUCUGGAAGUCCAGUUACUAUUCUGUAUGGAGCUCUUGGAACUGAUUGCUUUAAGGAGUUUCAUUCCGCCUUGGUGGAAGCUGCCAAACAGGGGAAGGUAAAAUAUGUAGUUAGACCUGUUUUACCUUCUGGCUGUGAAUCAAAAGUUGGGCGGUGUGUUGCUGUUGGGGCGAGUGACUCCUUAAAUUUAGGUGGUUAUGGUGUAGAACUUGCUCUGAAGAAUAUGGAAUAUAAGGCCAUGGAUGAUAGUGCAAUAAAGAAAGGUGUCACUUUGGAGGAUCCUCGGACUGAAGAUCUUAGCCAAGAAGUUAGAGGGUUCAUUUUUUCCAAAAUACUGGAACGUAAACCUGAGCUUACAUCAGAGAUUAUGGCUUUCCGAGACUAUUUAUUGUCGUCAACAAUAUCUGAUACACUUGAUGUUUGGGAACUAAAGGAUCUAGGACAUCAAACAGCACAAAGAAUAGUUCAUGCCUCUGACCCUCUACAAUCAAUGCAGGAAAUCAACCAAAAUUUUCCUAGUGUAGUUUCUUCUUUGUCUCGCAUGAAGCUCAAGGAUUCUGUUAAAGAUGAGAUAACUGCAAACCAGCGAAUGAUCCCUCCCGGCAAGUCCUUAAUGGCUCUGAAUGGUGCUUUAAUCAAUAUUGAGGAUAUUGACCUUUAUCUGUUGGUAGACAUGGUCCAGCAGGAAUUAUCAUUGGCCGAUCAAUUUUCUAAAUUGAAGGUUCCUCACAGCACAAUAAGGAAACUUCUUUCGACAGCGUCUCCUCCUGAAUCCAGUAUGAUCCGUGUUGAUUUUCGUUCAAGUCAUGUUCAUUAUCUUAAUAACUUAGAGGAGGAUGCCAUGUAUAAGCGGUGGAGGAACAAUAUAAAUGAGAUUUUGAUGCCUGUCUUCCCUGGACAGCUACGUUACAUCCGCAAGAACCUGUUUCAUGCUGUUUAUGUUCUUGAUCCAGCCACUAGUUGCGGUUUGCAGUCUGUCGACAUGAUUUUGUCUUUGUAUGAGAACAACUUCCCAAUGAGAUUUGGAUUGAUUCUAUAUUCUUCAAAGUUUAUCAAGAAAGCAACUAGUCGUGGCCUACAUUUAUCUGCUGAGGAGAAUGAUGGUGAAAUUGAGGAGGAUAUAUCUAGUUUGAUCAUACGUCUUUUCAUAUAUAUUAAGGAAAGCUACGGGACACCAACAGCUUUCCAGUUUCUGAGCAAUGUAAACAGAUUACGCAUGGAGUCAGAUUCUGAAGAUGAUGUUCCUGAAACACACCAUGUGGACGGAGCAUUUGUGGAUACCAUAUUACCAAAGGUAAAAACCCCUCCUCAAGAUAUAUUGCUAAAACUGGCAAAGGAGCAAACCUAUAAGGAACUGUCACAAGAAAGCUCCAUGUUCGUGUUUAAGCUGGGUUUGAACAAGUUGCAGUGUUGCCUCUUAAUGAACGGUCUUGUCUUUGAUUCUAGUGAGGAGGUUCUUAUGAACGCCAUGAAUGAUGAGCUUCCCAGAAUACAAGAGCAAGUUUAUUAUGGGCAAAUAAAUUCUCACACUGAUGUGCUGGACAAAUUCCUGUCAGAAAGUGGUAUUGGCCGCUACAAUCCACAGAUCAUUGCUGAAGGCAAGGCCAAACCAAGGUUUAUUUCUCUGACUUCGGGAGUUCUUGGAGGGAAAUCUGUGGUGAAUGAUAUUAACUUCUUGCAUUCCCCUGGAACUGUAGAUGAUGUGAAACCUGUAACUCAUCUCCUUGCUGUUGACAUCACAUCAAAGAAGGGGAUAAACUUGCUUCAUGAAGGAAUACGCUAUCUGAUAGAAGGGUCUAAGGGUGCUCGCUUGGGUGUCCUCUUUAGUUCCAGUCAAGAUUCUGAUUUACCUGGUCUCCUUCUUGUGAAGGUUUUUGAAAUCACCACUGCCUCUUACAGUCAUAAGAAAAAUGUGUUGAACUUUUUGGAGCAUUUAUGUUCAUUUUAUGAGCAAAAGUACAUCCAGGCAUCAUCUGUAGCAGCUGAAAGCACUCAAACGUUUAUAGACAAGGUGUAUGAUCUGGCUGAUGCAAAUGAGCUACCACAGAAGGCCUACAAGUCCAUCCUUUCUGAAUUUUCUGCUGACAAAGUGAAAAAUCAAUUGAAUAAGGUGUCACAAUUUUUUUACCUGCUUCUUGGGCUUGAAUCUGGAGUGAAUGCGGUCAUUACCAAUGGAAGGGUGAUGUUUCCUGGUGAUGAAGGCACCUUUUUGAGUCAUGAUUUACAUCUUCUAGAGACGAUGGAGUUCAAGCAAAGAGUAAAGCACAUUGGAGAAAUUAUUGAAGAAGUGCAGUGGCAGGAUGUAGACCCUGACAUGCUAACAAGCAAAUUUGUCAGCGAUAUUAUAAUGUAUGUGUCAUCUGCAAUGGCAAUGCGGGAAAGAAGUUCAGAAAGUGCACGCUUUGAGAUUUUGAAUGCUGAACAUAGUGCUGUUAUUAUAGAUAAUGAAAAUUCCAGUGUUCAUAUUGAUGCUGUUGUUGAUCCUUUAAGCGCAGCUGGUCAGAAGGUUUCUUCACUUCUUAGAGUUCUAAGGAAAUAUGUUCAACCAAGCAUGAGAAUCGUGCUAAACCCUAUGAGUUCUCUUGUUGAUCUUCCGCUGAAGAAUUACUAUAGAUAUGUGGUCCCAACCAUGGAUGAUUUCAGCAGCACUGAUUUAACAGUAAAUGGUCCUAAAGCAUUUUUUGCAAAUAUGCCAUUAUCGAAGACUCUUACCAUGAACCUUGAUGUUCCUGAGCCCUGGCUUGUUGAGCCUGUUAUUGCUGUCCAUGAUUUGGAUAAUAUUUUGCUUGAGAACCUGGGUGACACUAGAACAUUGCAAGCAGUUUUUGAACUUGAAGCACUUGUUCUUACUGGUCAUUGUUCAGAGAAAGAUCAUGAACCCCCCCGAGGACUUCAGCUAAUUCUUGGAACUAAGAGUAAUCCUCACUUGGUUGAUACACUUGUGAUGGCCAAUUUGGGUUAUUGGCAAAUGAAAGUCUCUCCUGGGGUGUGGUAUCUUCAACUUGCUCCAGGUCGAAGCUCUGAGCUGUAUGCUUUUAGGGAAGGUGGUGAUGGAAGUCAGGAAAAGCAUCUGUCGAAACUUAUCACUAUUAAUGAUUUGCGAGGCAAGGUAGUUCAUCUAGAAGUGGUGAAGAAAAAGGGCAUGGAGCAUGAGAAACUGCUCAUUUCAAGUGAUGAUGAUAACAAUUCACAAAGGAAGGGAACUCAUGAUAGCUGGAACUCCAAUUUGUUUAAAUGGGCUUCUGGCUUUAUUGGCGGCGGCGGGCUUUCCAAGAAGAAUGAGAGUGCUUUAAUGGAGCAUGAGAAGCGUGGACGGCAUGGAAAAACUAUUAAUAUCUUCUCUAUUGCUUCUGGGCAUCUAUAUGAACGUUUCCUUAAAAUCAUGAUUCUAAGUGUCUGGAAGAACACCCAGCGUCCAGUGAAAUUUUGGUUUAUAAAGAACUAUCUCUCUCCGCAAUUUAAGGAUGUGAUUCCACAUAUGGCACAAGAGUAUGGUUUUGAGUACGAACUGGUCACUUAUAAAUGGCCAUCAUGGUUGCAUAAGCAGACAGAAAAGCAGCGAAUUAUUUGGGCAUAUAAGAUUUUGUUCCUUGAUGUUAUCUUUCCACUUUCUUUGGAGAGGGUUAUAUUUGUUGAUGCUGAUCAGGUUGUGCGAGCAGACAUGGGAGAACUGUAUGACAUGGAUAUAAAAGGAAGACCUCUUGCUUAUACACCAUUCUGUGAUAACAACAGAGAUAUGGAUGGAUAUCGAUUUUGGAGCCAAGGAUUCUGGAAAGAACAUUUGCGGGGAAGACCAUAUCAUAUCAGUGCUUUGUACAUUGUUGAUCUGGUUAAAUUUCGAGAGACAGCUGCAGGAGAUAAUCUAAGGGUUUUCUAUGAAACACUGAGCAAGGAUCCAAAUAGUCUUUCAAAUUUGGAUCAGGAUCUUCCGAACUAUGCUCAGCAUACAGUACCCAUCUUUUCACUGCCUCAAGAAUGGUUGUGGUGCGAAUCAUGGUGUGGUAAUGCUACGAAAUCCAGAGCAAAAACUAUUGAUCUUUGCAACAAUCCCAUGACAAAGGAACCCAAGCUUCAGGGCGCAAAAAGAAUAGUUUCGGAAUGGGUUAAUCUUGACUCUGAGGCGAGACACUUCACUGCAAAAAUCUUAGGGGAUGAAGUAAAUCCUCAAGAACUUGUUUCCCCCAACCAAUCACAGGCAAAAAUCUUAGGUGAUGAAGUAAAUCCUCAAGAACUUGUGUCCCCCAACCAAUCACAGGACUAUCAAACUGAUAAUUCACUGGAGGAAGACGCUGAAUCCAAGUCUGAAUUAUGAACAUUAUUCUUGCAAUUUGAAUCCAGUUCAUGUGAUCACUUUUUGGAGGACUUGGCUAGCUGGUGCAGUGCUUUAUACAUGGAAGUCUUGACAAAAAUUGUUAGCAGCGUGUUUUGUCUGCUUGAUGCCUUAAUGAGACCCAAGCUCUAGUAACAACCACAGGCACCAUGUUAGGGAUGUACUACUUAUUCUUCUCCCAAACUGAAUAAGCACAUUACCAUCUGCACCUGGUUCUGUAAUCUCAACGCAAAGGAAGAGUAAGUGCCGGAGUUGUUUUCUUUAGGUUUUACCUGUUUUGAUGUGGGAAAUGGUUUCAUAGCUAAUCCAAGAAUUUUGAUGGUGUACAAUUUUUAAUGGCAGCAAGCACUGGAUUUUCUUCGCCAUGAAUCAUGUUAGCCUAGAAUUAGCGCUUUACUUUGAUAUUUCAGCUUGUAGUCAAAACCCCAACUCACCUUCAGUUCUUGCCUGGAAAAGUAAACAUGCAGUCUUGAGGGUAUCAUGCAUGCACAGUGCUUUAAAGGCUUCUCUUUUAAUAAUUAAUAGUUCAAUGAUCUUUUCUUGCAA